AUGAAUAAAUAUUCUUGUGGUCAUUAUUAUCUACCAGAAUCUUUUAUCUAUAAAGGAAAAACCAAUAAAACGUGUUCAAAUUGCCUUAUUUCUAAAGCUAAAAAAAGAAAAAAAUUAGAAAAUAAUAAAACUGAAACUACUAUAAAAAUGAUCUUGUCACAUACUCUUUGUGAUUAUGUAGCAAAACUAAUUUCAAAUGUUGUAAAUACUAAUAGAAUUUCAUUUGAGAUACGUAUUGACCUUACUAAUCUUAAAUCAAUUGUAAGAUUAAUUGUAGAUAAAAUUGAGGAAG